CAGUGUGCUUCGCUUUGCUUCGCAUAUGCGCAGUUCCGCACCGCACGCUUUCUCCGGUGCGGACGCCCGUAGAACAAAAAAAAAAAAAAAAAAAAAAAGGAAAAAAAAUGGUGGCGGCGCUACUCUCGGUGACGUUCGUCACGGCGCGGCUCGCCCCCGCCGCCCCUCCUCCUCGCACCGAACCCUACAAGAACCCUAGAAGCCCUAAAAACCCUAAUCAUCUCCACCUCCAACCCCUCUCUCCCUCCUCCUCCUCCUCCUCCUCCUCGUCCGCCGCCUCCGCUUCUUCUUGCGCUCUCCAGUGCCCGCACUUCCAAUCGUGUUCAGGGUGCACGCAUGAGUGGGAUCUGGACCGCCCGCAAGUGCUCGAAGAAGUGAGCAAGUUCUUCAAGGACCGCGGCGUUGCCGACUUCUCCUUUGAUAUUGGUCGAUUGUGGGAGUGGAGAUGUCGCGCAAAGCUUGCUAUACGCGGAACGCCAGAGAUCCCGCUGGUUGGGCUAUAUCAAGAAGGGACACAUUGUGUUGUUGAUAUUCCACAAUGUAGAGCACAUCAUCCAAGCAUCAAUGCUGCAGUCGACCUUCUAAAACAAGGCAUGCUCUUUUAA